AUGCUUUUCUAUUUUAUGAGGAGCAUCCUCCUCACUCAAAGAGGCUCGGACACCACGGAGAAAGGCUAUGGUGGGCUCAUCAAGGCCACCGUUGUGGGGUUGGAAAAGUCGGGUGGAUUUGAGAACAAGGAAUACAAACUUCUGAACGAGCAGCUCUCCACACUCGCCUCAGCCCACUCCUCUGAGGUGGAGAAGCUGAAGAAGGAACUGGUGCAGUAUCAGCAGAGCCAGCAGGGUGACGGCAACCAGCUUGUCAGCUUGCAGGAGGAGGUGGAGUACCUCCAGCUGGAGCUUCAAAAAGCUCACGGUGAGAGGAAGGUGGUGGAAGACAGCUACGUCAAGGAGAAAGACCUGCUGAGGAAGCGCAUAGCUGACUUGGAAGAGGAAAAUGCUCUCCUGAAGCAGGAGAAAGAGGAGCUGAACAGCAGGAUCCUGGGACAGUCUGAAGGUGAGUUUGCACAAAGCACAGCUGAGGAGAACAUGCAGAUGAAGAAGGAGCUGGAGGAGGAGAGGUCUCGUUAUCAGAACCUGGUGAAAGAGUACUCGAGGCUGGAGCAGCGCUACGACAACCUGCGGGACGAAAUGACUCUCAUCAAGCAAUCCCCAGGGCACAGAAGAAGCCCUUCCAACCAGAGCAGUUUGGAGUCUGAUUCCAACUACCCAUCCAUAUCAACCUCUGAGAUAGGAGACACUGAGGAUGUGAUACAACAAGUGGAGGAGGCUGGGAUGGAGAAAGCUGCCAUGGACAUGAGCCUCUUCCUAAAGCUGCAGAAGCGAGUGAGGGAGCUCGAGCAGGAGAGGAAGAAGUUGCAAACCCAGCUGGAGAAAAAGGAGCAGGAGAGUAAGAAAUCCCAGGUAAUUGAAGUGAAGCCUGAAGUGACUUCAGACCAUGAAGACUUUGCAUACAACAGCCUGAAGAGGCAAGAGCUGGAGUCGGAGAACAAGAAGCUGAAGAACGAGCUGAAUGAGCUGAGGACAGCUACUGCAGCCCGAGCCACCCAGAACAACUCCUCCAAUGAUGUUCAGGACACUUACAGCCUCCUGCUGAACCAGCUGAAAGCAGCCAACGAGGAGCUGGAGGUGCGCAAGGAGGAGGUGCUCAUCCUGAGGGCACAGAUCAUGAAGGCAGCCCAGCAGAAAGAGAAAAACAUGGUAACUAAGAGGGAGGGCAUCACCACCAACACCAGCUGGCCCAACAGUGACAAGCACAUCGACCAGGAGGACGCAAUUGAAGCCUACCAGGGGAUGUAUGAGACCAACCGCAAGACUGAGGACUGGGGGUACCUCAAUGAAGAUGGGGAGCUCGGGCUGGCUUAUCAAGGCCUAAAGCAAGUUGCCAGGUUGCUGGAGGCACAGCUCCAGGAGCAGAGAAGACAGCACGAGGAGGAGAUGGAAGCUCUGAGAAACCAGGUGGAUGCCAUGCAAGAGGAGCUGGAGAAACAGCAGCAGGCUUUCCUGCAGACCCUGCAGUUGUCUCCAGAGGUCCAGGUGGAGUUUGGACUUCAGCAAGAAAUCACACGUCUCACCAAUGAAAAUCUGGAUCUUAAAGAAUUGCUGGAGAAGUUGGAAAAGAAUGAAAAGAAGCUGAAGAAGCAGCUGAAGAUUUACAUGAAGAAGGUCCAAGAUUUUGAAGCAUUCCAAGCCAUGGUGCCAGCAGAGAGGAGGCAGCAGGAGCCUAACAUGCAAGUCACUGUCCAAAGGAAGGAGAAGGAUUUCCAGGGCAUGUUGGAGUAUUAUAAAGAAGAUGAGCCCCUCCUCAUCCGAAACCUCAUCACAGAUCUGAAGCCCCAGACAGUGUCUGCUACGGUUCCUUGCCUUCCUGCCUACAUCCUCUACAUGUGCAUCAGGCACGCAGAUUACAUCAACGACGACCAGAAAGUGCAUUCCUUGCUCACCUCCACCAUCAACAGCAUCAAGAAAGUGCUGAGGAAACACAACAGUGAUUUUGAGAUGACAUCGUUCUGGCUGGCCAAUACCUGUCGCCUGCUGCACUGUUUGAAGCAGUACAGCGGAGAUGCGGGUUUCAUGACACAAAACACACCUAAGCAGAACGAGCACUGUCUGAAGAACUUUGACCUGACUGAGUACCGCCAGGUGCUGAGCCACCUCUCCAUCCAGAUCUACCAGCAGCUCAUUAAGAUAGCAGAGAACAUACUUCAGCCCAUGAUUGUGUUUGCAGUGUUGGAAAAUGAGAGUAUCCAGGGGCUCUCUGGUAUCAAACCAAUAGGCUACAAGACUCGCACCUCCUGCAUAGCAGAUGGUGACACCACCUACACCUUAGACACAAUCAUUCGCCAGCUGAACACCUUCCACAGCACCAUGUGUGACCAGGGCAUGGACCCUGAGAUCAUGGAGCAGGUCUUCAAGCAGCUCUUCUACAUGAUCAAUGCAGUUGCCCUCAACAACCUCCUGCUGAGGAAAGAUGUCUGCUCAUGGAGCACGGGCAUGCAGCUGAGGUUUAACAUAAGCCAGCUGGAGGAAUGGCUGCGUGGGAAGAACCUGCAGCAGAGUGGAGCAGCCAAAACUUUGGAGCCCUUGAUUCAGGCGGCGCAGCUUCUGCAGCUGAAAAAGAAAACCUCGGAAGAUGCUGAGGCCAUCUGCUCCUUGUGCACAUCACUCACAACGCAGCAGAUUGUAAAGAUACUUAAUCUCUACACUCCUGUGAAUGAGUUUGAAGAACGUGUGACUGUAACCUUCAUACGAGACAUACAGAUGCAAUUGCAAGAGCGAAAUGACCCCCCGCAGCUGCUCUUAGACUUCAAGCACAUGUUCCCCGUUUUGUUCCCCUUCAACCCCUCCUCCAUAACCAUGGACUCAAUUCAUAUCCCUGCUGCUCUCAACUUGGAAUUUCUCAAUAAGGUCUGA